UAAAUACUCUCUAACACUGUGGUCGGUUAAUCGGUUAUGUAACGUGUCCGGUUGUUUCCCCCGCUGACUGCCUGGACACAGUUUGAUUGUGUUCUUAAACUCUUUCUCUUUCCGUACUAACUCACCUGAACACAAGCCAAAGCUCUGUUAAUAUAAACUGUGUUUCUGUCACACAUCCAAGUGACGUGAGCAGGUAGAGAUCUCCCAGUGUCCUCUGGUACAAAGUGUUCCUCUGGGCUGAUCGGGACUCAAACAAGAAACUACUUUAUUUAACUCGUUCCUGCUUCUCUGAAUACUGGAUUUGUGUUGGUGUAACUGGGUCCUGAUGCGUUUAAUGGACGCCGAAUUAAACAGAGGCUGCUGGAGACUUCUGUCAGCUCUUAAACCGGCUUGCAUUGAUCACAGCUCCUGGAUUUUGAGUUGGCUUCCCUCUUGGUGCCCCACGUCUCCCUCGCAGCUGAAAGAUGCCGAGGAAAAAAUGCUCAAGAGUAAGUGUGUAACGCAACCUUUCUCCAGGCAGCACGUCCGAAUAUCCAACAGCAACUAUCUGUGGACCUUAGCGUUCUCCACCCAGCCGUCCUCCGUCCCCCAGCCCCCCGCCCAGCCCAGUUGUCCCCUGGUUCUGCUGCAUGGCUUUGGAGGCGGGGUCGGCCUUUGGGCCCAAAACCUGGACUCUCUGUCGAGCAGCGGACCGGUCUACACUCUGGACCUGCUGGGCUUCGGGAGGAGCAGCCGGCCCCUGUUCAGCACCGACCCAGAGGGGGCCGAGGAGCAGUUUGUGGCAGCGCUGGAGGAGUGGAGGGAGAAGGUGGGGCUGGAGGAGAUGGUGCUGCUGGGACACAACCUGGGAGGGUACCUGUCUGCGGCAUACACACUCAAAUACCCACACAGGGUGAAGCAUCUGCUGCUAGUGGAGCCAUGGGGGUUCCCAGCACGUCCAGAGAACCCCAACCACAACUCCAUCCCAGUGUGGAUCAGAGCUGUCGGGGCUGUGAUGAGCCCCUUCAACCCGCUGGCUGGACUCAGACUGGCUGGGCCUCUAGGUCCGAUGCUGGUCCAGACGAUCCGGUCGGAUUUCAAACAGAAAUACUCCUCUGUGUUUGACGACAACACAGUAUCUGACUACAUCUACCACCUGAACGCCCAGACUCCAAGUGGAGAAACAGCCUUUAAGAACAUGACCAUUCCCUACGGCUGGGCGAAGAGACCCAUGCUGGAGAGGAUCGGACAAGUCCGGGCCGAUAUUCCCAUUUCCUUCAUCUACGGAUCACGCUCCAGCAUCGACAGUGACUCUGGAUACGCGUUCAAGAAAACCAGGCCGGAUGUGCAAAUCAAGGUGAUCAGAGGAGCAGGCCACUACGUUUUUGCCGACCAGCCUGAAGACUUCAACCAGACAGUCCUUCAGAUCCUCAACAGGCUGGAGAAGACGAGCCACAACGAGGGCACGAAGCAGCGAGAGGUUUAACUUUAACACAGCCUCAGCUGUGCGACCGUCAGCCUCUUCAUCAUGCACUUUACUCUUAGAAGAGAAGCAGCGCUGACCGAGGACUCGUCACUUAUCAUUCCUGAGGUCAGAUGGUGCCGUGGGUUUCUUUGUCCAACCUCAUGUAAAGUUUUGUAAAUAAAUGUGAGAUGCAGUGUG